CGCCAUUCUCCUGAGCUUUCAGUGCCAGCGAACCGUCUUUGCCCGCAUCCAACGGUGUCCUUGCCCAUGAGUGACCCGGAGAAUGCAGACCCGCGACAGGGCAGGGAUGCUGAACCCUCGGGCCCUGAGCCUGCGUGCGACGAAUGUCGGAUCCGCAAGGUGCGAUGCGAUAGGGAAUUGCCUGUGUGCUCCAGCUGUCGCAAGUCGGGCUUGACCUGUCAAUAUACCCAGAAGGGCAAACGGGUCAAUCAUACCAAAAAGCUGGUCAACGAUGUCCAACUGCUCGGCAACCGUCUGGAACGAAUUGAAGAAGCACUUCUCCGAUAUCUGUCCGUCGCGUCGGCCUCCAAUUCUCCUCCCACGAGCUCGGUCACCCCGUAUAGUCCAGACGCCCAGCGAAGGAAUGCGGAGGAUUCAUGGAAUCGCUCGGAUAACUCUGAGGGAAGCCCGGAUGGACUAUCCGACCUGCAUGGUGGCUCCCCGGGGAACCAUGUAUUUGGGCCCUCGAGCUCGAUGGCUGCUCUUUAUGUCGAGGCCCAAGCCGCCGGGGACCAGCUCGCCGCGUCGCUGUCACAGCAGGGCAGCCUCGAGAGGCCCGGUGGGCCUCCAACCCAUGAGUCCGCGCUGCGAACCCAAAUUGCUGAAGUGAGCGCACUCUUCCAGCGACUGGCCACCGACAGUCCCAUGCUCUCGAAACCCGAGCAUCACGAUGACCUGCCGCCUUUCCUCCCUCCGCGAGCUCUGCUGGAGGUCUUUCUCGAGACGUAUUUCACCGAGCUCAGUCCCUUGCUUCCCAUCUAUGACCGACCGAGUGUCCUGGCAGCUAUGCACACCCAGUAUGGGUCGACCCUGGAAGCUCCCGAUCCCGCCUGGAUCGUGUCGUUGAGCAGCAUCCUCCUUCAGACACUGGAAGCCAAAUCUACCGGCUCGCAGAAAGCGGACACGAUAGCCCGCAGCACGCUGGAGGUUGAUCUCCAGUUCCAGCUAUUACUCAAUAUCCGACGCUGCUACAACCACUUCGAGCGACUGCUCCAGCCGCGCGUGGCCAACGUGCAAGCCCUCUUGAGCAUGGCAUUAGUCGCCCUCCGAUACUUCCGCUUCACCAUGUUCGAGACCGUCUUCACCCAGGCCUGCGAGCUGGCCAAGUCAAUGGGUCUGCACCAGAGCUCAUUCACGGCCAAUGCGAAGCAAUGCGCCGAGUGUCAGACGCUCUUCUGGUCUCUGUUCAUUCUCGAUAAACACAUCUCGCUCGUGGCCGGCAAAUCCUGUUUGCUGCCGUCCUACGACUGCGGGAUUCCUCUCCCUCCAAGCACCACCACCGGCAUCCUGCUCGACGACCUCUUCGCCGCACGCAUCGCCCUGGCACACAUCGAAGAAGAGAUCGUCUGCAGCCUCUACUCCGCCCAAGCACCACGUCUCAGCCCGAACCACCUCAGCCGUCGCGCCCACAAGCUCAUCCACCGCCUCAACGACUGGACCAGCCACCACAGCCGCAUCCUGUAUCCCCCAGCCAGCACAACCAUCACCGCCCAACAGACCACCGAGCUUCGCUACGCCCUGUGCAUCUCCCGCGUGCUCGUACAGCGACGCAUUCCCACCCCAGAGAGCCGGCAGAUCCGGCUGGAACACGCCCGCACCGGUCUGCGCCUCCUCCAGGAGCUGUGCGAGAGCUACCACCCGGAUGACAGCAUCUCCAACUUCACUGUCUUUGAAAGCAUCCUCCUCCACUACCCCAUCGUCCUCUUCCUCGAAGUCUACAUCCAUCUCCUCGCCCCGACCCCCACCCACACCACCCUCACCUCCGACACCAACGCCCUCCGAUUCUUCGCCUCUCGCGCAGACCCCCUCGCCGCAAAUGCCUCUGCAACUUCUCACGCGGUCACCAUCCGCUCCAUCACCCAGCUCUGCAGCCAGAUUGCCACGUCGCUUCUGCAUCCACCCAUCCCCAUCUCCAACACAAACACAAACACGAAACUGUACCACUCCACGCCUGCUAUCCAAAACCAACACCAACACCCACAGUAUCCCCCAGAGGCUAACAUAGAUCCCACAUGGGAUUUAUCCUGGACCGCGACGCCCAGCACACACCCCCCCGGACGAGAUCUCCACCCCUACGGUGAAUGGAAAAUAGUCUCCGACCUGACACCGGGGGAUUUUGAGGAGAUGUUGAUGUAUCGGUGACAUUCAUGCCAAUGUUGAUAGAUAAUGUUGAUGGUUCGAUGACGU